CCAGCUAGUGCCCACCAGUAUAAAUGCCUGAUAUUGGUAGAGAAGUCAUUCAGUAGACCAGCAGCAAGGAACACUAUAACCGUUCUCAACCAUCGUCCACGUCAGACAAUGAAGCAGUCUAUUGUUUUAGUUUUCUUGGCCAUCUCGGUCGUUGCGACUACCCAGCCGUCGCCAAUGGAAGUGUUCCUUAUGGGAUACCGUUAUGGGUUAGCUGCGUCGAAACAAGCUUUAUUUGGUUCGGUCGAAUCUGCUAUCCCGCAACCGGUUUCCCGUUCAUCCGGGGGCAGCUCCGCGGCUGCAAGACCAGCUUUCCGCUCCAUCGACGACAGUGAACUCGAAUCAAGUGACAUCCCAAUUUUCACCGUGGACGGAAGCUCGGCUAAGAAGUUCCGUCAAAUUUCCGGAGCAGUUCCUUUGAGACGCGAAGAAACGUUGAUGUUCCGCAAAACGUUUCCCGAAAACAUGUACCCCAAUGCGGAUUUCGUCUCUUACGGCACCAACUGUGACUUCAGCGCGGAGACGCCGUUGUACAUCGUCCAAAAUGUCACCGACCCCAUCAAAUGUGGAAGUCAUUUCUGCUAUGGUGAUCGAAGAUGCACUCAUUUUGCCCAUCAUUACAACACGAACCUUUGCCGCAUCAUCAGCUCGUUCGGCGCUGGAUCUACCAUGGUUUCCCGAGUCAGUGACAUCCAAGCUGGAUACAUUUGUGGAUUCAUCCCCAACCGAGCUUGCAAUCCCAACUCGUCUCUGCAGAAGUGCAUCACGUUGGACGUUUAGAAUCCAAUGGAAUGGCCUGCUAAAAAAAAAUUGGUUUAAAUUAUUCCACGUAUAAUACAAUUUGGUGAAAU